AUGGAUGAAGACUUGUGUGGUAAGGAUCCCAACGCCACUCAUCCCCACGCGUAUGGAUCGCCACAAGCGGACACCACCUCUCACUCGGCGCACCACAUAAGCCACACUGUGAUGGAGACCUGCGAUGAGUCAUCUCAUGGCCAGUCGUGCCACUCAUCGCAUCCCUUACAUCGGUAUCGAUCGCGCACUUCGUUUGGCCGACAAUUAUCCAACACUGAGAUCAGUCGCCGCCGACGGGACUCACUCUCGGCACUCAACUACCAGAACCUCUCGAGCAGUGGUUCCAUCAUUAAUGUGGUGUCAGGAGGAGGAGGAGGAGAGACCUCUAAUUUGGUGCGAUUCCGGUCAUCACUUAUGGGACAAUCGGCGCCUUCGCUCUCACCCUCAAUGAAGGAGACUAACAAUACGAGAAAAGCGCAUCGGUGCGCAACCCGUAAAAGUCUUAUCCCAAACACGUCGCCAACACUUCCCAGAUCUCCAUUACCACAAAGCAGUCCAUUGGAAAGCCCUCGCAAUAUGUCUCCGUCGACUCAUUUUGUGUUCGCCGCCACCAAGAAGAUUGAGGGCAGGCGUUGGUCUGUGGCAUCCCUUCCCUCCUCUGGUUACGGCACAAACACUCCAAACAGCUCUAACUCUCAGUGUUCAUCACAAGAAAAGUUGCACCAAUUGUGCCAUUUAUCACACGAAGACUCCUCUCAUACGACUGGUGGCGCACAUGUCGGCCAUCACACGCAUCACUGUUGUCAUCACCUCAACCACAAUCUCUUACAACAUACACAUCACCACAAGAUAUUAAAUUUAGAAGCGGCUCAACAUUUCAGUAGUAAUGACAGCAAUCAGGGAUAUGACGACGAGGUUCGAUGCCUUUCACCAAUGAUUAGGCCGCGCUCUAGGAGUCUCAGUAGUCCUGUCCGGUCCCCCAGCGCUGACAGCGAAAGGGUUUUAAUGAAUAAUUUAUAUAAAGAGAGAUUCCCGAAAGCCACGCAACAAAUGGAGGAAAAGCUGUCGAAAUUCAUAAGCGAUCAGUUGAACGUCGAUGACAUCGAGUGUUGGGCCGCAUCUGACGCAGUGUUCCGCUUCGCGCACCAUCAGGUGAUUGAAUUGGCCAAAGAUUGUCUCCAGAAGUCUCAGGACAAACUCAUCACUUCUCACUACUUCUUCGAGAUUUCCGAGAACUUGGAGAAACUCUUAGUUGAGUGUCGCGAAAAGUCACCGACGGCUGCAAACCUAUUAUGUUCGCUGAUCAAGAAGUUGUUGAUCAUAGUGUCCCGUCCGGCGCGGCUCUUGGAAUGCCUUGAGUUCGAUCCCGAAGAGUUCUAUCGACUCUUGGAAGCAGCUGAGGGACAGGCGAAGUCAACGCAAGGCAUUAAAGUGUCGGUUCCGCAAUAUAUAAUCAGCAAAUUGGGACUCAAUAGAGACCCGUUGGCAGACAUUUCUCCUGAUCUCGAAAACUUAGACAUAAAAGACAACAACGAAUUGGACUCGAAAUCCGAUGGAAAGAGCGAAGUGUUAACUAAACCUCCGUCUGAAGAGGACUACGAGACAAUCAAACUCAUCAGUAACGGCGCCUAUGGAGCCGUACAUUUGGUGCGACACUUGGAAUCGAGGCAAAGGUUUGCGAUGAAAAAGAUUAAUAAACAGAAUCUACUUCUACGUAAUCAAGUGGAACAGGUGUUUGCCGAACGAGAUAUCAUGAGUUUCACAGACAACCCGUUCGUUGUCUCAAUGUUUUGUAGUUUCGAAACCAAACGCUACUUAUGUUUAGUGAUGGAGUACGUGGAGGGCGGGGACUGCGCCACACUUCUCAAGAAUAUGGGACCAUUUCCUCUGGAUUUGUCACGACUAUACUUCGCUGAGACGGUAUUAGCGGUCGAAUACCUUCACAGCUUCGGUAUUGUCCACAGAGACUUAAAACCCGAUAACCUAUUGAUCACAGCGUUGGGUCACAUAAAGCUAACGGACUUUGGGUUAUCGAAAAUGGGUUUAAUGAAUUUGGCCACAAGUCUGUCCGAGGGAUACCUCGACCGCGAGACCAAGCAGUUCACCGACAAACAAGUCUUUGGAACGCCUGAGUAUUUGGCCCCAGAAGUCAUACUCCGACAGGGAUACGGACGUACUGUCGACUGGUGGUCGUUGGGAGUGAUUCUCUACGAGUUGAGACCAAGCAAAGUCAUACUCCGACAGGGAUACGGACGUACUGUCGACUGGUGGUCGUUGGGAGUGAUUCUCUACGAGUUUCUGAUCGGUUGUGUGCCGUUCUUCGGCGAAACACCCGACGAAUUAUUUGCUCACGUUAUCAAUGAUGAGAUUGAAUGGCCUGAUGAUCACGACUGGCCUCUCAGCGAUGACUCCAAGGAUAUUAUAUCACAACUCUUACAACACAAUCCUAUUGAUAGGUUAGGCGCCGGUGGGGCUCAUGAAGUGAAAGAGCAUUCAUUCUUUGAUGAUAUCAAUUGGGAGGCAUUGCUUCGACAAAAGGCUGAGUUUGUGCCUCAACUCGAUGGUGACGACGACACCAGUUAUUUCGAUACCCGCGCCGAUCGAUACAAUCACGACUGCGUCGACUCCGAAGACUUAGAAGACACGGACGACAGCUCUUUGUUCGGAAGUUUCUCGUCUUAUUCGCCGCGUUAUCGCAAAGUCUACUCCAGAAUAGAGAAAGAGUUGGAACAAGAGAACAGACUUCGGUUGUCCUCUUCGUCGUCAUCACUCAAAGAGGAGACAAUCAUUUGCCCGAAGAGUAGGACGUCUUCAACCAAAUCUGAUUCAGCCAUUUCUCGGUCACUCAGUGUAACCGAAGACCAAUUGAUGAUCAGUGAACCGCCGCAUCACAGAUCUCUGGAUUCGAGGGGCGGCGGCGCCUGUAAUCCCAAUGUAUGCAAACCUAUGGCUCAGAGCACUCCGGAUUCGCGCGACUCAUCUCAGACCGAAUCGGACGAUAUUUCGCCGCAAAUCUAUAGGAAGAGAAAGCCUUUGAGUAUCACUAAAGACUCGUUACCGAAGUUCUCAUUCAGUGUUGACGACACGUCUACUCUAUACGAGGGCUCCAAUUCUCCGACGCAAAUCUCCAUCAAAGAGUUGCCACCAUUGGAACCACUGGACGAAAGUAUCUCCUCUUCCGAUGAGAAGAGUUCGUCGUCCAGAAGACUAUCGGAUGGCCCCUACGGCUCAGGUCUACCCGUUUCCGCUAAAAUCACAAUCCCUUCAGUUUCGCCAUUAAGACAACCGCCGAUGCGCUCACGAGCUGUCAUUAAGUCUGCCUCUGCUUCUGGUUUAUCGCUGAUUAUAUCAUCGGAUGAUUCAUCAGUCGCUCGCAUGGGCUCACUAGCGGCCACUUCGUCGGGCGGCUCAACGACCAGUUCUCGCGACACUUCGCCUAAUCGUGAAAUGAAUUCUCUGGCCUCUCAACUCAAACCGCCCAUUAUUCUGCGCAAAGGACCAAGGGGGUUUGGGUUCACCCUCAAAGCCAUUCGUGUCUAUUACGGAGACUCGGAUUAUUUUAUUGUCAAUCAUUUGGUUUUGGCCGUCGAUAGCAAAAGUCCCGCUUUUGAAGCCGGUUUGAGACCCGGGGAUCUGAUCACUCAUAUAAAUGGCGAAUCUAUUACGGGUCUCCUUCACCCCCAGGUCUUACAACUGGUGCUAUCGGGAGGCGAUAAAGUGAACAUAAGAACCACUCCAUUGGAGAAUACAAGCAUCAAAUCCGGGGGCCGUAAGAGAAACCCCCACCAAUCAAAAAUGGCCCCCCGAAGACCUGUCAAUAACAACAAACACCAUAAGAAUGUUAAGUCAAAUCACGUCAAGAGAAGUGAUUCCGACAAAAGGCGCAGAUCUUCGCUCUUUCGUAGACUGAGUUCAAAGAGAGCGAGCGUUGAGAUGAAUCAGUUGGUCAUCAACACCAGUGGCUCCUCCACUCAAUUGCCGCCAAUAACUCCCCCUCCCGUCUCUUCGCAACAAAUAACUCCGAGCCGUAGCUACCAAUCCCUUCACCGGACUCUGGCUAACGUAUCGCUCGAUAAUGUGAUAACAAGUAGUGGAAGCACUUCAUCAUCAGUGACUACGCCCGCCUAUAGACUGACCACAUGUUCGCACUCAUCGGACUCAUCCAAUACGACGGGUAACUCAUCGGUGGACAGUUCUCCCAACAGUUCUACCCCUAACUCUCCCGCCAGUACUGCCCGACCCUCUAGUCUUCACGGUCUCAAACAUAAACUCAUUCAAACAUUUCGGUCGCCGCGGCGCAAAUCUUGUGGACACAUCCCGCUAUCACCUCUGGCCAGAGCUCAAGCGCCCACCGUCAACACACUUCAGGCCACAUCCCCGACCUCACGAUCUCCUUCACCGCUCGCAUUCCCAGUCCACCACCAAAUCGGAAGCUCGCAAACCACGCAAACAUUUGUUAUCCAAAAGAAUUCUUCUGGAGUCAAAUUGGUUGCCAACAAUCUCUUGACUCCAAGCGAUAUCCGAGCGAAUAGUAGCGACGGAACGCCUCUUAUAAGGAGUACAUCCCCGGAGGCAUUGAAUGCAAACAAAUUGUCUGACAAUAACAGCUCGUUUGCUUUGAAGCUAAAGAGAGAAUCGUUGACCAGUUCUCCAUUAGCUCUGUCUUCAUGCCCGCCGUCAACCUCUUUGUCGAAGUUAGCGCUCGAGUCAACCAAAAAGCAAAGCAAUAAUUCGCCGAAAGGCUCGAAGAAGUUAAUGGAAAAAUCUUGUGAUGCAUCCAUUGGUGGCAAUAAGACCUCUAAGAUAAGCUCCACGAGUGAUACAAAGCAAAGCGAUUUGAUUUCGACCUCUUCUUCUUCNUGUUGUUAG